UUGUUAAGGGGAAAUAUGGAAGAAGAUAAGGCAGCUUUUGUUGGGAAUAGCAUUAGUGAAGAAAAGACUGUGUUUUCAGAAAUGGAAGUGGAAACUGCUGACAUGGAAAUAUCUGAUCGGAACGAUGAGAAUGUAGUUUUGCCGUCUGAGAAAGGUGAGGGAAGUAAUGGAAAUGUUGUAUUUUCAAGAGAAGCUCCACUUGUACAUAAGGACUUCAGAUCAUCUGUCGUUGCAGGGGGUUGUAGUUGUGGAGUUAAUAAGAUUAAAUCAGGGAUAGCUAACUCUGACUUGGAACUCGGGAAAAGUGAGAAAUCAGGUCUUGAAAAGAAGCUUAGCAGACAAAAUAGGAUUGAGUUGGGGCGCUUGUUCCAGGGUGCUGUGAGUGACCAUGAUUGGGAGUUGGCUGAGAGUUUGAUCCUACUGGCUGAUCCCCAGACACUGAAUGAUGCGCUAUGCAUUGGUUUGGAUUCAAUCUGGUUCUUAAGUAAUCAAGAUGAGUUGUACGGGAUAACAGGUUUGAUUAAAAAGAUCAUCGCUAAUGGUGCAUACGACUUCACUCGGGCUGCACUAAGGACUUCAUUUCUUGCUUCGUGUGUUUCUGCUUGCCAGAGUCGAACAAUGGGCCUUGCAGAUACUGUCACUGUAAUGGCACAAAGCAGGUUGCAUGAACGACUACAAGAAUGCAGCGGAGAUGAAGUCUUGAAGGCUGAAGCUGGUGCUAAGGUUCAGAAGUUCACUGAAUGGGCUCUUAAAUGUAUAGGUUUCCAUUCCCGCUGCCAAGGAAAGAGAGAUACGGUUGGGCAUAACUCUGCUGUUGAAAUACAAUUGCAGUUAUCAGCUUUCAAAACUUUCCUGGAUCUUGCUGGGAACCACCUUACUGGGAAGGCCUUUACAGAAGCAUUUGAUGCAGCUUGCUUUCCGCUCACACUAUUCUCUAGUUCAUUUGAUACUUGCUGGGCAUCAGGAAUUUCAGCUACUGCAAUCCAAGGAUUGCUCGGCAUGUUGGUGGAUGGGGGUGCAGACAAUGUCAAUCAGUGCUUUCUUGAAGCAUCGCGUUUUGGGAGCACAGAGCUGGUCCGCAUUCUUUUGCAGAUUGCUCAAAGGAACAGCUUGGAUGUUGAUGUUGAACUGGCUUUGGGAUUUGCUUCCCAUUACAGUAAAAUUGGAACCAUGGAAUGUUUAGUGGAAGAGGGGAAUGCAAUGUCUUUCUUGGGCCCUCUGAUGAGAGCUGCUGAGAGAGGAUGCAUGCAGGUUGUUGAGUGGUUUGUCAAAAGGGGAUGCAGGGACAUGGAACUAUGCCUGGCCCUUACAGCUGCGACCUCCAGUAGUCAGGUUGAAGUUGCUGCGUAUCUCCUUCCUCACGUUCCUAAGCAUGUUCUUGCUGCCCUCAGCAUCGAGAUUCUUAAGGCUGCUGGUGAGAGAAGCAGUGGGUCUCUUGAUGGGGUAGCAUUUCUUCUGCAUUCAGACUUCCUCGGUGAUCCUGUUGCCACUUAUGCUGUUGCCGACAGUAUAGCUAAGUCUGAUGAUGAUGCUGUUGCUCCUGGUCUGAGGAGUUUCCUUCGGGAACAUUGGUCGGAAGCUGCCUUCUCAGAUGGACUGCGGCAAGGAAAAGAACACUACUUAAACUUUGUGCGUAUUGUAAACUGUGGUGAAUCUCCUAUCUGUUUGAAGGAUCUUCCUGGGCCCUUGAGGGUAGCAAUAGCAUACCUGCCACUGUAUAGAGAAAGUGUCAAGGCAGGGGGGUGUUGCUUGUUAUCUCAAAGACUUAGAGGACAGCUUGUGGAAGCAGCCAAAAGGCUUGGUGGUGUAGUACUGGAAGAGGCAAACCAAGGAAAAGAAUUAGUGGCUGUCUUGGAGCAUCAUCUUCCUCCAUUUUUGCUAAAUGCAUCAAGUGCUGCUUAUUAGAAGCUCUGAAAUUUUCACCCCCCCCCC